AUGGCCAUAGAGAUCUCACCAGACCCUGCCAAGAGGUCUGAGCAGCUGAUGGCCAAUGAGAACCUCAUCAAGGAGGCCAAUGGUGCCAUGGCACCCAUGACAGGUUUCCUCAGCUUGUCCACCAGCCACACCACAGCUUUUCUGAGGGCCAUCAACCAUGGUUGCCUGCCAGAUGAGCAGCCUCCCAUGGAAGUGCGCAAAGAUGAUCCAUGCUGGGACCUCAUCCAGAAUGGGUGGUCAUGGCUCAUUUCGAGCCAUUUGGUGGAAGGCCAAUGGCCCAUGCUACCCACCCUGCUGCAAGGGGCCAUGAACUCUGCCAACUCCAUCUCCAAGGUCACUGGUGAAAUCUUUCCCAUGCUUCGAGUGGCCAUGUGGUGCGCCAUGUUGGGGACAAACAAGCACCAGGACAACAUCCAAAGGAUUCUCACCAAAGCCGAUCUGGACAAGCUGAAGACUGCCAAUGCCAAAGAGAAGGUCAUCACAGCAGAACACCAGUACAAUUGCCAGAAGGACCAUCCUAGUUUGGUCUUUGAGUUCACCAAUGUCAAGGACAAUGCCAUCACAAUGGUGCACAGGCCACAUCUAGGACCAUUGCUCAGCAUUGAUGUUCCAUUUGAUGAUCUUCCAAAGUGGAAGGUGUCCAAAGCAAAGAUGCCACAGAUUUGCCCAGCAGAGACUGCUGCUGCUUUGCUGCCCCACAAGGUACCCAUGGCCAAAGAAGAGCUUUCCAAGUUGCAAGCAACCAUGGCUUUGCAUGAAGCAUGUGAAAAGCACCAAGUGGAUCACAACCAGAUUGCUUUUGCUCAGAACCCAAUGGGUCUUUGGACACUCCAAGCAAUCAAAAAGGCUAAACAAUUGAAGUUGGUGCCAUUGGGCUCAUUGGCCAAAUUGAAGGGGAAGGAGCCAAGGGGGUGCAUACUCAUGGAGCAUGGUGGCAUCAAGUGGCAAAUCCACCCUUGGAAGCAAUACCAAGCCUGGGGUGAAGAUGCCAAGAGCCAAGAGACAUUGGUGCCAUUUUGGUGGUGCAAGAGUGGCAGUGAACAAUGCAACAUGGAGAUCCAUUCCAUCACCAUGACAACUAGCAGUGGCAAUGUGAAGAUCCCAGUCCUCACCAACACCGUAGCCAUUGAUGCCAACCAGCUUCUUGAGGUCAUUGCAUCUCCUGCAGCCACACUGCUACCAGCUACCAGCCAAACCGAGAGAAAGAGGUACUUCCAAGCCAUGGGUGGGAACCAAAGCCAAGAAGAGCAGCCCCAGCAGCAGAGCUUGGCCCAGUGGAUGUGGCAACCAGACCAAGGUGCCAAAGUUGGCACCCCAUUUGGCUUUGGCAUGCUCCAAGCCAGGUUGCCAGUCCUGGGUUUGGAUCUGGAUUGCCAGUUGUGCGGCCAGAGUUGGUUCCAGUCCUACUUGGACCAUGGCUGCCAGAUCAGGUCCAAGGAUGAGGCCAAAGGUUUCCAGAGGUUUCUAGCCAUGUCAGCUACUACCAUCCAGAUUGACGACUAUGCCAUGACAGAGGAGGCCAACCAGCUGAAGUUGGUCCUGUACUUCAGUGAUGGCACCAGCCAAAAGUGA